AUGUCGUCCAAGACCGCCCAAGCACGCCUCUCGCAAAUCGACGGCUCGUUCACGCCGCCGUCGUCGGACUCGAUAUACUCGACCGAGCCGUCGACCGAGCACGCGCCGUAUCCGUACCCCGUGCCGAACCCGCUGACGCCCUUCUGGCGCACGCAGCUGCACCCGCUGGACAGCGCGCGCACGACGCCCGACCUGCCCGCCGAGACGGACGUCCUCAUCAUCGGGGCGGGCUACGCGGGCGCGUCGACGGCGUAUCACCUGCAGAAAGACAACCCGAAUCCGCCCAGGAUCACGAUACUGGAGGCGCGCGAGGCGUGCUCAGGCGCAACAGGAAGGAAUGGCGGGCACCUCAAGCCGGACGUGUACUUCCAGGUGCCGCGGUACACGGCGCUGUUCGGGGCCGAGGCGGCCGACGAGCUGGCGGCGUUCGAGUCGUCGCAGGUGCUGGCGGUCAAGGAGCUGGUGGAGCGCGAGGGCAUCGACUGCGACUUUGGCCUGACCCGGGCCGUCGACGUCUGCCUCGACGCCGACCACGCCGCCAAGUGCAAGGCCGACUUCCUCGAGCUGCAGGCCCGCGGCCGGCCCUCGGUGCGCGACGUCUUCUUCUCCGAGGGCGCCACCGCCGAGAUGGUUUCCGGAGUCAAGGGCGCAAAAUGCGCCUUCACCUUCACUGCCGGCCACGUCUGGCCGUACAAGCUGGUCAUGCACCUCCUGGGGCUGGCCGUCGGCCGCGGCGCCAACCUGCAGACGCACACGCCCGUCACCAGCGUGGCCGAGGCGCGCGACGACGAGGGCUGGUGGAGCGUCGACACCCCGCGCGGCCGCCUGCGCGCCAGACAGGUCGUCUUCUGCACCAACGCCUACACCGCCGGCGUCGCCCCGCAGUACCGCGACAAGAUCAUCCCCGUCAAGGGCAUCUGCAGCAGGCUCAGCGUGCCCCCGGGCGCCGCCGUCCCGCAUCUGCCCAACACCUACAGCCUGCGCUACGCCCCGGGCAUCUACGACUACCAGAUCACCCGCCCCGACGGCAGCAUCGUCAUCGGCGGCGCCAAGCAGUGGUUCUGGCACGACCGCAGCCACUGGUACGGCGUCACCGACGACGCCUCGCUCAUCGCGCCCGCAGAGCACCACUUCCCGGGCUUCAUGCAGCGCAACUAUCGCGGCUGGGAGCACAGCCACGCCGAGCUCGACAUGCUCUGGACCGGCAUCAUGGGCUACACCGCCGACAUGAUGCCGCACAUUGGCGAGGUGCCCUCGAAGCCCGGCCAGUUUGUAAUGGCCGGCUUCAACGGGCACGGCAUGCCGCUGAUCUUCCUGUCGUCCAAGGGUCUCGCUAGCAUGAUUCUCCAUGCCGUUCCCUUUGAGCAGACCGGCAUCCCCCGCCUCUUCAAGACAACCGCCGAGAGGCUGGCGAGCGAAGAGAACCUGAUCUUGAACAGCAAGCCCCAAUAG